AUGCUCGUUCAAACUCUCCCAUACUCAUCAUCCUCUACAUCUACCAUUACUGCUGUAGAUACAAAUCUCCCAUCAUCACAAAUGAUAACCACCACAACGCCCACUUCAAUCCCCACCAUCUUCAGUAAGGCACCUAAAGGUUCCCUACAAUCCUUUUACAUGUUAUUAGGAGCUCUCGAUUAUAUUAACGACGCUCAAGAAUACCCAAGACUAAGCACUCGAAUGCCAAAGGCCAUGUCCUCCUACUCAAAUUCCUUGUUGCAACAAGGGGAAGACGAGGAACAAGAAGAGGACCAUGUCAUAGACGAAGAAGAACAAGAAAUCAUCAAGAAACCAACAUUAUCAUCGACUCGUAGAACAAGAAGAACCUCUCGUCGUCGAACGUAUCAUCUCGAUGAAGACUAUGUUGAAGAGGAUAACGAAGAAGAUGCCUCAGCAGAGCUUGAUGUUGCUGAUGACGACUCUGAAUGGAGUGAAGAAGAAGAAACAUCGACAACGACGGCAACUCCUCGCUCCUCUUCAAACUCUUCACAAAGUCGUGCCGGCAAUCCAUCAUCGAGUGCUUCUUCCUCAAACAAGAUUCAACAUGUGAAUAGUGAAGGCCUUCAAACCUGUGCUUGCUGCAAGAGAGACUCCACCGUGGUGAGUUUCCUCAAGAAUUAUUCCAUCCAUCAAGGAAAUAUUCACAAUUAUCGAAAUUGUUUCCCUGAAUAUGAUGUCGUUCCAGGAAUUUCUUGCAUGACAUGUUAUCACAAACAAUGGAGAUAUACCAAAGGUCUCUAUGAUCCGAAUAAGGCACGAAAUGGAGCUGUCAAUAAGAGAGAAGGUAUUCAACGAGGUGGGAACAAGAACAAGUCCUCUCAAAAUGCUUCAGAUGCUCAAUCCACCAACUCGUCAUCAUCUUCUACCAAUUCUACAUCAUCCAAGAGAAAACGUUCUUCUUCUGCCUCCAACUCACAAACUUCACAAAAGAGAAAGAAAGGAACCGAAGAUGUGAAUCAAGAAGGCACAAUGACCACUCACAAUAAUGAAGAGAUGAAUCAUCUCAGAGAUGACACCUCAUCCACUUCGUCCUCAUCCAAAAAGCCACGCAAGCUUGCCAAGAGAAAAAAAGAAACAGUGAAUGACGAAUUUGUCACAGCAACAUCGAACAGCAUUUCCAUCCAUCAAACUUCAAAUGUGAUUGAAAUGAUGCCACCAAAUUCAAACAAAUUUGUGGAUGCGUCGGUGGAUGUGGCACGAACAAUUCCCACACCUCAAGAGUAUGGAUUUCCUUCAACCUCAACAAGCGGUAUGAUGAUGAUGACUCCACCAGUGGCUCAUCAUUCACAGUAUCAAUUUUGA